UUUUCAAAUUUUCUAUGUUAUCAAAAUUUGAAUUUUCUUUUUAUUGACUUUUCGGACCCCUUUGUGGUGUCACAAUGUACAAAAUUGUAAGAUCUCUUAACAAUAGCUUAAGUACUUCAUUUCGACCUUGUCACUCGUUUGCUUACUGUGUUUUUCGUUUUCAAAGAAAUGUAAAACAUCUGGAUUUUAUACAGUCUAAAUUUUUUUAUACGAAUUAUGAAUAUCAACCAAUGUAUAGUACAUUUUUAUGUGUUCGUAGUUAUGCUAAAAGCAAGGAUAAGAAAAGGGAGAAAGGUCAAAAAAAUAUAUCAAUUGAUGAAAACCUUUUAUCUCAAUACUUAAAGUACAAUAGUUUAAAAUCUGAAAUGGAGAAAGCUGUUUCCAAUUUAAAAAACAACUAUGUCAAAAAUUUAUCAUUAAGGUCAUCAACAGGUGCCCUAGAAGCUCUACCAGUUACAUUUGAAGAUGAUGAGUAUGCACUUCAAGAUCUAGCACAAAUUAUUAGGAAAAAUUCAAAAACAAUUGUGUUAAAUAUGGCAUCAUUUCCACUUGCUAUUCCAGCUGUUUUAGAAUCGUUAAAAAACUCUGGAAUGAAUUUGAAUCCUCAACAAGACAAAACUUCUAUUUUUAUUCCCAUACCUAAAGUAACUAAAGAACACAGGGAAAACUUAAUAAAAGGUUCAAAAGCACUCUUUGUCAAAUGUAGAGAUAAUAUCAAAGAUAUACAAAAUAAAACUAUUAAAAUAUUAAAGGACAACAAUGAACUAUCUUCAGAUUUGGUUCAUAAUUUACAGAAUCAGAUAACCAUAUUAGCAGACAAUUAUAUAUUAGAAGCCCAAAGAAUUAUGGAAGAAAAACAAAAUGAACUUAAAGGCGAAAAUUAAUCAUUUUCAAUUUUGUUUCAUUAUAUUAGAUAUUUUUUUCUUAUUAUGUUUUUGUAAUGAAAAAAAUAAACAAAUUAUGUUUAACAAAUA